AAGAAAAAAAAGAAAAAAAGAAAGUUGGAAUCUUUUUUGUAGUCAUGUUAUAAAGAACUCCUAGUUUCUGAUCACCAUACAUCAAAAACACGAACUGAAGCCCAAACCUAUUCUGGGCUUGGCGUUUGAGCUGAUAAUUUGGAACGCUAGUCCUGACGGAGCCCAAACCGUUUAUGUGCCACUUUAUAUGUAUUUAAAUAUUUCAGUUUUUUUUAUUUAUUUUUUUUAAGCGUUUAGGAAAUAAACGAACGAACAACAAAAAGGCGCCUAAACCAGCGGUGAAUCUGCUCUGGCAAAGUUUUAGGGUUUUCCACACUUGCAAAGAGAGGGAAAUUCAAAUCGUACAAGUUUUAGGGUUUUGCAGAGAAAGGGAGAGAGAGGAGAAGAGAGUGUAUAUGGACCGCCUUCGUCCUAGACAAAGACAGGUCUUCACUGGCUUUACGAAGGCAGAGAUUGAAAAAUUGGAGAAAUCACUAAAUGAAUCAGGCGAACAAGCCUUGAACAGAGAAUAUUGUCAAAAUUUUGCACGAAGUUUUAGUCGCUCCUCUGGUCGUGCUGGGAAACCUAUUGUAAAAUGGACAGAGGUGCACAGUUGGUUCCAAAGUAGGCUGCAAGAUUCAGCAAAGGCAUCCGAAAAUAAAUCUGAGCCACCAGAAGCUUGCCCUUCAAAUAAGGAACAUGAAAUUUCUGGAAUGCUUAAAGCAGAAGCGAAGAUCCCUGACUUGUCAGAUUUGGAAUUUGAAGCAAAAUCAUCAAAAGAUGGGGCAUGGUAUGAUGUUGAUUUGUUCCUAGCUCAUAGAUUUCUUAGUACAGGUGAAGCUGAAGUUCGGGUUAGAUUUGUUGGGUUUGGAGCUGAGGAGGAUGAGUGGGUAAAUAUAAAGAAGGCAGUGCGAGAACGCUCCAUCCCUCUGGAGCAUUCAGAAUGUCAUAAAGUGAAGGUUGGAGAUCUUGUUCUCUGCUUUCAGGAGAGGAGAGACCAAGCAAUCUAUUACGAUGCUCAUGUUCUAGAAGUCCAGCGGAGAAUGCAUGAUAUUCGAGGCUGUAGGUGUCUUUUUCUAGUCCGGUAUAAUCAUGACAACAGUGAGGAAAGAGUUCGAUUGAAGAGAUUGUGUAGUAGGCCAACAUAGCCGGUGCGUUUAAAAAAAGAAAAGGGUUUCUUUUUGCAAUACUUGGCUUGCAUUUUGUCUUUAAUCGGAUCUUAUUCUGGGUGGGGGACCUUGAUUCAUGCCAUGACGGGACCAUAAAAGCACAAUAGACUAGCAGUCUAGCAAAAGCAAAUAUUCGGUGUGAAGGCCCAUUCCAUCAGAGCUAAUGUCCGUCCCCGAAAACUAUUGUAUACUUGGUUUUUUAUGAGUACAUUAGCAUGUUCUUGUGCAAGUCUAUUCACCUGGAUCAAGGGAUCCGUGGAGAGCUUUUUGGGUAAAGGGAAAAAGAAUUCGCAUAAACAGGCUUUCAGAAUACAAUGCACAUUCUUACUUUUGCAAGGAUUCGAUGAAAAUAACUUUUCACCAACUUAUUCAUCUGAUAUGAUUGUUGAAGCGAAUUCCAUAAAAUAAGACAUUUUGAGGAGCUUGAAAGAAAACAUCAAUUAAGAUGCAAUAUGCAUUACUUUUAUUUGGAAAAUAUAUAUGCUAGCUUGUAUGUUCAAUUUUAUCUUUACCGUAUAAAUCAAACAUCAUGAUUUUUGGA